UGAAAACAUCCGGUCAGCCAGUGUCUUUUAAUUAAUCUUUGUAUUUAUGAUUUUGUUAAUAUUUUAAAUUAAAAUCGUCAACAAUUUCAAUUUUUUAUAGAUUGCUUUACAGUUAUUUUUGGAUAUAAUUGUCAGUAUUUGUUUGCUUUGCCAAUUUUACACACUAACUUGUAUAGGAAACGUAUUCCAAAUAACCACACGUCAUUCGACAUCGACAGCUAACGUCUGACGUGACGGGUGAGGCAGAUACAGAGAGUGAAGUGAAAUUUCUGUUGGAUUACUGGUGAAAUUUCAUAUAAUACACUAAAAAUGCAAAUUCCAAAUGAAUUUGUAUCAACCGCUGAAGACAUUGCUGAUCAGGUUAUACGUAAAAGCAAGAAUGUGCUGCCUACAGUAGCUCGAUUAUGUCUUAUAUCUACAUUCUUGGAAGAUGGACUUCGGAUGUGGUUCCAGUGGUCAGAGCAGCGUGACUACAUGGACAUGUCAUGGGGAUGUGGCAAGUUUCUUGCUACAAUGUUUGUGAUUGUUAAUUUGGUGGGUCAACUUGGAGGAUGUGUAAUGGUAUUAGGGAGGCUGAAGGUGGACAUAGCUUGUGGACUUCUGUUUUUCAUAGUAGUUUUACAGACAUUCGCAUACAGCAUAUUAUGGGACAUGCAGUUUUUGUUACGUAACCUGGCCUUGAUAGGCGCGCUACUACUGGUUGUGGCUGAAGCUCGCGCGGAGGGCCGCAGCCUGUUCGCUGGCGUGCCUUCAUUGGGCGAGAACCGUCCUAAGACUUACCUACAGCUCGCCGGACGCGUGCUGCUAGCCUUUAUGUUCAUCACAUUGCUCAGAUUCGAAGUCUCCUUCUUGCAGCAUCCUGAUGGUUCUGGUGACGGUGGGGUACCGCACGAAGCUGUCGGCGCUGCUGCUCGUGCUGGUGCUGUCGGUGCUGAACCUGUACCACAACGCGUGGUGGGCCGUGCCCUCCUACAAGCCCCUGAGGGAUUUCCUCAAAUACGAUUUCUUCCAGACGCUGUCGGUGAUCGGCGGGCUGUUAAUGAUAGUGUACCUGGGCCCCGGCGGGGUCAGCAUGGACGAGCACAAGAAGCGCUGGUAGAGAACGUCGCGAGUGUGCACCGAUCACAGACUGUACCCUCACGUUAUAAUGUGGUGCCACAAGACAUUUGUAUCGAGACACGUGUCCCGUUAACGGGACGAACUAGUCGAGCGACAGAAUUACAAUCACUGAUUUUCAUGUGUACUACCAUUAAUUGAAUCUUCCUUUGGAUAAUAUUUAUGACUUUAGUGGUUGUUUGCGAUCAGAUUUCGCCGUGUGCAUUUUCUUAAUUGCUAUACCAGUUUUUUAGUCUAAUAGAAAUCGUUUGUUUCACGGAUAUUGUUUCGAUAAUAUUGGAGCUAGAAAUUUUCUUACUAUUUUUCAAUGAAUUGAAUGAUGUUUUGUACUUUAUCUAGAUAAUAAUACUUGGUGAACCUGUCUGUUUUCUCAAUAGGAUUAUCCUGAUUUUCAUGAUAGAGUAAUUGUGAAUUCUGGCGCUUUGUAUAUUAUUUUAUGUUAAAAUUACAACAUGGACACUUGAGGGUGUCCUCAAUAGUAUGAUGAUUGUGAUUGAUGAAUAAUUGACUGUACCGGUGUAACAGGUUUCGUAGUUGGAACAUGAUGUGACGCUAAAUGAAGGUAUAGACGCAGAAUACAAUGUGUUAGCGUGUAUACCUUUAUGCGAUCUUCCGACCUACAUUGGAGUGAUAUUUUCGACUUGAUUGUUAUGUAUGUUUGUUUGUAAGUGAUUGCUCCUGGACUUAGUCGUGACAAGCGAUGACUAUACAUUAUAUAUGGUGUUGUAAACAAUUUCAUUCCGAAUCCAUUUCUACACAUUGUGAUGUAAAUAUGUAUGUAUUUUGUACUUCUUAAAUGAGAUACUGUAUAUGGAGAGGUCUGAAUGAAUUAUUAAAUUGUUUAGAUACAUAUAACAAAAUGACAAAACGCUGGGCGUCUGUGUCUACGUGUUUUUACAAAACUGUCCUUCGUUUUACAUGCAUGUUUAUCAGUCUAUAAAAAUGAACUAUAUAAAAGACAAGAAUAUUUUUAUAGUAUUUUUUUAUUUAUUUUUAAUUUGGCCAUAGAUGUUGGAUUCCUAAGCAUACCAAUUUGUUCUGAAAUAAAUUUUACAUAAAA